UUUUUAAAAGCCAAAAUAUCUUGUGAUCAAUGAAAUCAUUGAUUUGAUAAAAAUCACGAUUUCUAUUGUCACAGUCGCUGUGUACAUAUGUCUGUGUUUCGAGAUCAUCGAUGUGAUUGAUAUAUUUAUAAAAUGAUGACGCCUUUUCGUACAUCAUUGAAAUAUGUGACCAAAGAAUCUUUGAUUCUUCACCGGUCAUUAUCAUCAUCAUCAUCAGCAUCAUUAUCAUCAUUAACGAAACAAAAACCAAAAACAAACAAUGAUGCUAAUUUUCAACCAUUAUUGGAUACAUUUGGACGUCGUCAUGAUUAUCUUCGAAUUUCAUUAACGGAAAGAUGUAAUCUUCGUUGUCUUUAUUGUAUGCCCGAAGAAGGUGUACAACUUUCACCUAAAUCUAAUCUCUUGAAUAAUGAAGAAAUUUAUCGUAUGGCAAAUUUAUUUGUUCAUCGAUUUGGUACGAAAAAAAUUCGUUUUACCGGUGGUGAACCAUUAAUUCGUAAUGAUAUUAUCGAUAUCAUACAGAAUGUUUCGAAAUUAAAAUCAAAUGGAUUGGAAAAAAUUUCCAUCACAACCAAUGGAAUUCUAUUCGCACGUUAUAGUUCAAUGCUUCGCCAGGCUGGUCUUGAUUCUGUGAAUAUUAGUUUAGAUACAUUGAAUUCUGAUCGAUUUCAAUUAAUUACACGUCGAAAUGGUCUUGCCAAAGUAAUCAAAUCAAUUGAAGCAGCUUUACGUGAUGAUUAUGAUUCGGUUAAAAUUAAUUUUGUACCCAUACAAGGCCUUAAUGAUGAUGAAAUUGAAGAUUUUAUCCAGUUGACUAAAGAUUCUAAUUUAGAAAUUCGUUUCAUUGAAUAUAUGCCAUUCGAUGGUAAUCGUUGGCAUCCAGAUAAAAUGAUUAGUUUCAAACAAUUAAUCAAUCGAAUUCAAUCACGAUUCAAUGUUGAACGUCUUCCAUUACGUACAAUACAUGAUACAGCUGUAUUAUAUCAAGUUCAAGGCUAUGUCGGUACAAUUGGAUUCAUUAAUUCAAUGACCAAUGCAUUCUGCGCCGGUUGUAAUCGUGUACGUUUAACAGCUGAUGGACAUUUAAAAGUUUGUCUAUUUGGUAAGGAUGAAUUAUCAUUGAAACAAGCCAUUCAUAAUGGUUUAAAUGAUGACGAAAUCGAUGUAUUGAUACGUGAAGCCGUGAAACGAAAGAAAAAACAACAUUCCGGUGCAUUGAACAUUGCCAAAGAUAAUACCAAUCGGCCAAUGAUAUUGAUAGAUCAACGAAAAUUUCUUUCCACAUUAUCGUCGUCUUCGAAUGAUAAAAAUUUCACUCACAUUGAUCCAAAUGAUGGACAAGUUAAAAUGGUAAAUGUAGGUGAAAAGUCUUCUACACGAAGAAUAGCACGUGCACGUGCACGAAUCGAAAUCGGCAGCGAUGUUAUGAAUAAAAUUGAAUACAAUCAAAUCGGUAAAGGAAAUGUAUUGACAGUGGCUAAAAUUGCCGGAAUAAUGGCAGCAAAAUCCACUAGUAAUCUAAUACCAUUAUGCCAUCAAUGUCCAUUAGAUCGGGUUGAUGUACAAUUUCAUUUGGAUUAUUCAAAUGAAGAAAUCAUUGUCGAAAGCAUCUGUGAAACAACAUGGAAAACCGGUGUCGAAAUGGAAGCAUUAAUGGCCGUUUCGAUUGCUUCAUUAACCAUUUAUGAUAUGUGUAAAGCAUUGAACAAAUCAAUUGUAAUUAGAGAUUGUUGCCUAAUGGCUAAAACUGGUGGAAAAUCCGGUGAUUUUAAUCGUGUAUAA